AUGUCGGUCUGGAAUCCAGAUAAUAUCCGCGAUGUUGCCGAAUCCGUCGGCAUCACAAACCUCAACCACGAUGUGACCGAGAAUCUUGCCCGCGAUGUUGAAUACCGGGUCGCCCAGGUCCUUGAGGAAGCACUGAAAUCGAUGCGCCACGCGAAACGCACCGUCCUCACCACCCAGGACAUAUCUCUUGCUUUACGGAAUCUGGAUGUCGAGCCCCUAUACGGAUAUGAGUCUCUUCGGCCCCUCCGCUUCGGCGAGGCAUCACUCGGUCCCGGUCAACCGUUAUUCUAUGUUGAAGACGAGGAAGUGGAUUUCGAGAAGCUUAUCAAUGCGCCUUUGCCUAAGGUGCCGCGAGAAGUCUCCUUCACUGGUCACUGGCUGGCCGUGGAAGGCGUGCAGCCCUCCAUCUCCCAAAAUCCUACGGCAUCCGACUCCCGCAACCUCGAGCUGGCAUCGAAGGGACCUAACGCCAACUCUACACUGGCUGCGAUGAGCGGCUCUGGUGACGUGUCUGUCAAGCCGCUGGUGAAACACGUGUUGUCCAAGGAAUUGCAGCUCUACUUUGAGAAAGUCUGCAGCGCCGUCUUGGACGAGAAUAGCGAGGAAUUUCGCACGUCUGGGUAUUCCAGUCUGCGUGAAGAUCCCGGUCUUCACCAAUUGGUGCCAUACUUUAUCCAGUUCAUAGCCGAAAAGGUCACGCAUAGUCUUAAGGAUAUCUUUGUGUUGACACAGGUCAUGCACAUGGCCGAAGCCUUGGUUCAGAACCAGUCACUCUACGUAGACCCUUAUAUCGCCUCCCUUGUCCCCUCCAUCUUGACUUGUCUCAUCGGUCGGCAGCUCGGUGGCGCAGCUGACCUGGCCGAGCAGUUUGCGCUACGUGACCUCGCAGCAACUUUGCUCGGUCUGAUUGCCAAAAAGUACUCUCACUCCUCCCAUAUGCUCAAGCCUCGACUGGUACGAUCUUGCCUCAAGGCUUUCCUCGAUCCAUCCAAACCAUUUGGGGCGCACUACGGAGCUGUUAUCGGAAUGCAGUCGGUGGGUGGUUCGGAGGUGGUGCGUGUGCUCAUCAUCCCCAAUCUCAGCGACUAUUCGAAAUUGCUCAGUGAUGGAAUCGAUGAUUCUGCUCGACGACCUGCCGCUGAACGAGUGUUGAAUGCGUUGGUGGCCGUUCUGGCAUCGCUCCGGGAUAGUCAAGGGUUGUUGGCCAAUGGCCACCCGGCGGCAGUGACGGAGGAAUUGCGGUCAAAGUUAACCGACAAGGUGGGGGAUCUGAUCGCAACUCGCAUUGCCGAGGCCAACGAGGUUCAGCUAGCCCAUAUAAUCCUGGAAGCCUAG